GAUUUGUUCCGUCUCUGUCACCCCUCGCAUCUUUGUCUUGCAUCGCCUAGAUAAGGCUGGCUGUCCCAGUCGGCAGGCUACCAAGACACGUCGAUCGCGAUGGUUUGCGACAGCAUUGAGGUUUCGCCGCAUCCGGCUUAAGUCGGUCGAACAAAGAACCUAUGCGGGACGGCACACAAACACCUUCCCACCCGCCAUUACCCUUCAACCGACGACUUUAUGGGAUGGAUAGUUGAGCCAACGAAUCAACCCAGCAUGACGACGCCGCUGAUAACCGCCGAGCACGCGGUGUCGUCGAACUGCAGCGAUGCCGACAUCACUCCGAACUUACAAGACACAGAUCACACGCAAUUUCACGGUUCCACUUUGCAGCAAACAGCGGCGUGUCAGCAGGAUUUGAAUGUAAGACUGCUUUCGACGAGUAACAGGGGCGACAACCCUGCUGCGUCAUAUAUUCGCGGUCUGGUCGGUGGCGAUGGCGGUGGAACUGGAAUCAGGCCGCAUAGAGGAUUCUUGGGAAAAGAGGGCACCUACGGAAUUUCCAUGGAAGGAUUAGCCAGUCUGUUCGCGCACAUGCAUGUCGAGUCCACGAAAGUGGUGGAAGAAGAAUACGGACCCAGCCCUCUCCCAAACAAAAUGGUCGCAGAGCCCGCGUCAUCGCUGCACAUGAACAAGUUGCGCGUUGCACUCUUUCCCGGGCGUAAGAAGAUCAACGAGCCAGUGUAUGAAAGGACAGACAGCGCUGUGCGAGGAGAGAUAGCGAACCAGCCGUUUCUAUACGAGGGAUUGGGCGACCAAGUGCGGGAGCUUAGUGUCGGGAUCAAACUAGCCUGCUCACGAAGGUUACAUACCAACUCAUAUUUUGGCCACGCGUACGAGCUCGCCGAGGCUGCCGCUGAAAUCGCAUGCGAGUUGGGAUAUGAACCCUUGGUCAGCCGUUGCCUCUAUUGGCGUGGUAUGAGUUUGAUUGGUUUAGGCCAGUUCGAUGCGGCAAUACAGAGUUUGAGCGACGCAUGUAAAGCGAGAGGUCGGUACGAAGAGGGCUCAUUGGCCGAGGAGCAGCUGCAGCUCAUCUUCCUAUGGAACCACAUUUGCGGUGAGCCAGUCGAGGCGCUGAAAGUUCGACACAUGAGCGCUCGCACCCUCGAGGAGAAAAAGGAGGCGCUCGAAGCCCGCCUGCAAAGUGGGCUCAGCUUCAGCUAA